CAACCCUUGGAUGCUUCUUCAAAUACCUAUCUAUUAUACAGAGUCUAGAGUAAGCCUAUUGUUUGCGAGAGAUGUCAAGCUAUCACCAUGCCACUUUCUCUACCAUGUGGCCCGUGCCAAGCUGCCAGUGGGCCGGAAGGGUCAAAAUUUUAGCGCAUGGCAAGUGCGGCAGGGCCCUUCCAAACACAUGAACCGAUUUGUUUACGUUCGGCCUCUUUCUGUUCCCCUCCUCCACCAGCGAAGUCGCACGCCUCAACACCGACACUCAACGCGCAAAACGACAGCUGCUUUUUCACCCGAGCUAGCAGACGCUCCCCCUUAAUUCUUCCGGCCGCAUUACCCACUUUGAAUUCUAGAGGACCACUUUGCCUAGCCCAUCUCCAGUUGUCGGCCUCCUCGAUUUGGCCCGAUAUUACCCCACGUACCCAAAGUGCAGGGCUAGACACGACUAUCGCGCGACCUUGAUACUUUUUCAACCCAACAUCACUGCGCCCCUUUCCCUCAGGACGCCCUUUCGAUUCUCGAAUAUCUUCUCGCGACAUAUAUUUGAUUUUUAAACUUACCGGCUAUCCCGACAGCAACCUUCAAAAUGGCGACACUAGAUGAGAUGGGCAUUGACACCUCCCGUCGCAACCCAAGCCCACGCCCGCUGUCAGACAGCGAGCGGGCACGUCUGGAGGAGUUUAUUGAGGCGAUUCACUACUCUACACGCUACAAUGACAACGAAUACGAAUACCGCCACGUGCAGCUUCCCAAGGCUAUGCUCAAGGCCAUUCCCAAAGACUAUCAUGACCAGUCCAAGGGCACUCUGAAGCUCCUGUGGGAGGAAGAAUGGCGGGCGAUGGGUAUCACACAGAGUCUUGGGUGGGAGCACUACGAAGUACACGAGCCAGAGCCUCAUAUUCUCCUCUUCAAGUGA